AUGGCCACGGAGAUCAGUGCUCCGGGCACACAGCGUGCCAUUGGGAACGAGGAGUACAGCCUGUACAGCAGCCUGAGCGAGGAGGAGCUGGUCCAGAUGGCCAUUGAGCAGAGUCUGGCUGACAAGACCCGGGGCCCAACCACUACUGAGGCCUCCCUGUCCACACGUGCCAACCGCCAGCCUGCCCAUUUCUACCCAUGGACCAGGUCCACGGCGCCUCCCGAGAGCAGCUCGGCCCACUUGGGCCUGUUCCAGGGGGUCAUGCAGAAAUACAACCGCAACAAGGCCUCCCAGAUGGCGCCCGUGGACCCAGUGCUAAAGGCCAUCAAGGAAGACGAUGAAGAGGCCUUGAAGGCCAUGAUGCAGGCGGGGAGGAACCUCGCCGAGGCCAACAAGGAGGGCUGGCUGCCGCUGCACGAGGCGGCCUACUACGGCCAGCUGAGCUGCCUGAAGGCCCUGCACCGAGCAUACCCAGCAACAAUCGACCAGCGCACCCUGCAGGAGGAAACAGCCCUUUACCUGGCAACGUGCAGGGGACACCUGGACUGCCUCCAAUCCCUGCUGCAGGCGGGGGCCGAACCCGACAUCUCCAACAAGUCCCGAGAGACACCUCUCUACAAAGCCUGUGAGCGCAAGAACGUGGAGGCGGUGAGGAUCCUGGUGCAGUACAACGCGGACACCAACCACCGCUGCAACCGCGGCUGGACAGCUCUGCAUGAGUCUGUUUCUCGCAAUGACCUGGAGGUCAUGGAGAUCCUGGUGAGCAGCGGCGCCAAGGUGGAGUCCAAGAAUGCCUACGGCAUCACCCCCCUGUUCGUGGCCGCCCAGAGCGGGCAGCUGGAGGCACUGAGAUUCCUGGCCAAGCACGGCGCGGACAUCAACACGCAGGCCAGCGACAGCGCGUCGGCCCUCUACGAGGCCUGCAAGAACGAGCACCAGCUGGUGGUGGAGUUUCUGCUGUCGCAGGGCGCCGACGCCAACAAGGCCAACAAGGACGGCAUGCUCCCGCUUCACGUCGCCUCCAAGAAGGGCAACUACAGGAUCGUGCAGAUGCUGCUGCCGGUGACCAGCCGCACGCGCGUGCGCAGGAGCGGCAUCAGCCCGCUGCACCUGGCGGCCGAGCGCAACCACGACCACGUGCUCGAGGCGCUGCUGGGCGCGCGCUUCGACGUGAACGCGCCGCUGGCGCCCGAGCGCUCGCGCCUCUACGAGGACCGGCGCAGCUCCGCGCUCUACUUCGCCGUGGUCAACAACAACGCGUACGCCGCCGAGCUGCUGCUGCAGGCGGGCGCCGACCCCAACUGCGACGUCAUCAGCCCCCUGCUCGUGGCCAUCCGCCACGGCUCCCUGCGCAUCAUGCAGCUGCUGCUGGACCACGGCGCCAACAUCGACGCCUACAUCGCCACGCACCCCACCUCCUUCCCCGCCACCAUCAUGUUCUCCAUGAAGUACCUGUCGCUGCUCAAGUUCCUCAUGGACCUCGGCUGCGACGGCGAGCCCUGCUUCUCCUGCACCUACGGCAACGGCCCGCACCCGCCCGCCCCGCCCCCUUCCAGCAGGUUCAACGACGUGCCCGCCUGCGGCAAGGCGCCCUGCGUGGUCCAGUUCUGCGAGAUCCUGUCUGCCCCCGAGGUGAGCCGCUGGGCAGGGCCCAUCAUCGACGUCCUUCUGGACUACGUGGGCAACGUGCAGCUGUGCUCGCGGCUGAAGGAGCACAUUGACAGCUACGAGGACUGGGCUGUCAUCAAGGAGAAGGCAGAACCGCCGAGACCUCUGACUCACCUCUGCAGGCUGCAGGUUCGGAAGGCCAUUGGCAAAUACCGUCUGAAACUCCUGGACACGUUGCCGCUCCCAGGCAGGCUGAUUCGGUACCUGAAGUACGAGAACACCCAGUAACCAGGGCACGUGGAGAAGGAGUGCUCCUCAGACUGUUUCACUGAAUCUCAGGACAGUGGGGUCCCCAAAUCCAGGGGACCUGGUGAUGGCGAGGCUGUGGGCUGCUCCCCCUGCGCUGGGGCAGCCGCUGUGACCUCACCGGGUCUCUGGGCCAGAGCUGUGCCCAGAGCAGAGAACGGAAUAUGUCGAGGAGGAGGAAAAUCUUGUUUCUUUGCAAAUCGACGAGUAGAUCCCAGAGCUUCUCUGCCAUCAGGAAGGGCAGGAACUUCCGUUCCGGGUCGGGGCGGCUGGCGGGGGAGAACGUGGGGCGGGGGUGCUGGAGCGCUCAGGGCUGAGUGCCUUCCUGGACAACUUCACUGCGGAGCUGGCCCCGCCCCUGCCCCUCUGCUCUGUGAACCCCUCCACAGGUAUGGCCUGUUGGGGGGCUGGGGAGACCCUCGGGCCCAGAGGGCUUCCUGGUACAAUAAAUGUUGCACA